UCACUUCACUGUUCCCCGCUUCUCUGCUGGCAGUACAGUUACUGAUUGGUAAGACUUCAUGUACCUGUUUUGAAUCAUAUUUAAGUAGCCGAUAAAUAUUAGUGGUUUAUUUGUUGUGUUUUGAAGAAAAGUUAGGAGUAUCGUUGUUGUCUAAAUUGUGUUGCUAGUUCGUUGUCCUCACAUGGCCAAUCCCGGAAGUCCCCAUGCGUGAGCCAUGAGUAUGACAGCCUUUGAGGGUCAAAAUGUGUAACAGUUAAAAGGGGCAGUUCGGAUUUUUUUUAGAUGAAAUUGUAUGACAUCUCGGUCUGAUUUUUUUUUUUUUUUUAGGAGGCAUUUUUGUGAUGCAAAUGUAUUACUCUUUUGAACGCAUAUUGUUUUGGGAAGCCAAACGCUUCACAUAAAUGGCCCCAGCAACUAAGCGGAACUACAUUCCUCGUCACGGAUCUCCGACCAGAACUGGACUCACGGGUCCAAUUGGUGGGGCAAGUCACCGUUGGUGUAGUACAGUACACUGCUGAUGGGGAUGUCAUACAACUCGAUGUCAAAAACUCUGUAAAAGUAGUAGAGCACCGUUAUGGAGAAGAUGUUUGAGUAGCAUUUUACAUUACGUCCUGAAAAAGCAGCGUGUCGUAUUUGACAUAUUGACCAAAUUGUUUGCAGUGGGUCAGGCCUUGAAUAUAACUGUGAUGUUGUUAUAUAAGGGAUCUUUGAGUACUGUCAAUAUAAUUCUUCUGUUUUAAUUUAAGAUUUAUUUUUGACUCCGUUUUGGUGAGGCAGAAAUGUGAAGUUGUGGCAGAGCCUUGCACUGACAUUAUAGUGAAGGGCCCUGAGUUAGUGAGGGAGCAGAUGUCAGUACUGUAAUGAGUAAUAUUAAGUAUGUAUAUGAAUUAAUCUAGGUAGAGUUGUGUUUCUCUGACAUUAAGUGUUUCAUAUUGAGAGCAGUGGGUCAUGUGUUGGUGGAACUCAACAGGCGGUGUCUAUAAAUAGUGAUGUUUCUGCAUGUGUGUGGCUUUAAGGACGCUGCUGUAACUUGAGCCCUAUGGAGCAUAGGGAAGGGGGCGGGGUCUAUACGUAAGAAUACACCAAUCACAACACCCCCCGAAAAAAAUAAUAAUUCCUGGAACCUCUGCAAACGUACGGGUUAUCCAUCAACACCGUUUGUGGAUAAACAUAGCCAGUCUCCCACGGACGGGGAGCUGCAGGCCCGCCUCUGUUAGCGAGUGUGUUGUUUAUCUAGCAUGGACCGACAUGAUGGCCGUGGAUGUGUCACGGAGCAUGCACCUCUGCAGCCAUCCCUGGCAGCCUUAAGAAGAAGCCGAGGGAGCCCCAAGCAAGGCAGGGCGUCUUCAUGAAAGUCGUAAGUGGGCUCGGGUGGCCAUGGACCCGUUCAGCCAGCUUAUCCUCACCAUCUCGGUGACAAGCUUCCUCACCUUCCAGUGGCUCUUCCACAAAGUCAGCCCCUGGGUGUCGGUGCACCUCAGCCCGGGCUUCCUGGGCCUCAGCGACAAGCAGAAGGUAGAAUGGAACUCGAGGACAGUGUCAACUCUUCACGCACUGUUGGUGGGAAUCUUCUGUCUCUACAUUUUGUUCUUUGACGAUGCCGUCAAUGAAGAUCCAGUCUGGGGAGAUCCUACUCUGGUGAAGACUAAUGUUGCCAUCACAACAGGCUACCUCAUAUCUGAUCUGCUGCUAAUGUUUUACUAUUGGAAGGCGAUAGGGGACAAGUUUUUUGUAGUACACCAUCUGGCAGCGUUGUAUGCUUACUACUAUGUACUGGGCCAAGGCAUGUUGCCUUAUUUUGCUAACUUCCGUCUACUCGCCGAGUUUUCUACUCCAUGCGUGAACCAGCGCUGGUUCUUUGAGGUUCUAGGCUACCCCAAGUCCUCUCGACCCAACAUGGCGAACGGCGUGGCCAUGGCCGUGGUGUUCUUCAUGGUCCGCGUGGCCGUCAUGCCCGUCUACUACGCUCGCAUGUACGCCGUCUACGGCACCGAGGCCUACUACCUGGUGCCCUACGGCGGGCGCUCGGCGUGGAUCUGCUCCAGCAUCUGCUUGGACGUCAUGAACGUCAUGUGGAUGCACAAGAUCGCCCGCGGAUGCUACAGGGUGCUGCGGUCGGCGCGCCGCAGCAAAGCCCCCGCGGCGCCCCUGGAGAACGGGAAGUCCGACUAAAGCGGGAGGGAGGACCCCUAACCUGUCAAUGAAAGGGCGAAUGUACUGCGGAGGAAACGUGUAAAGGUGGGAACAGUAACCGAAAUAUGAUGGACCAACACGACUGGCCAUCUUCAAGCCAUGAAAUGACCCCUGAGCAAUACGCUUGUGUACAUGGCCUAGCUUGUUUUUAUUUUAUUGACCACUUCGCUGGACAGUUGAGCCCAAACUGAAAUAGUUUACCAUCCUUGACACACACACACUGGUCAAACUAGACUACUGUCUGAUGAAGAAGGAGUCCGUGCCGUGAAUUCCUUGAAGAAGAAGACGACGAAUGAUUGAAUCGCCGCCACAGUUCACAGCUAAACAGCCUUUCAUUGGAUUGAAUGGGUGGCAGGGGGUCCAGGCCUGUUUUUAAUACAUAAAGGCUGCCGUUUUAUUGUGGAAAAAGAAGAACGGAGUACCUUUUUAAAAAAUGCUAAAAGGCAAACUUGAAUGUUAACCUUGCGUUUGUACGCAUAAUCGGGCGGGAUUUUACCAUAAGGAUUGGAUUAGAACCAAUAUAAUGACGACACUGUUCUAUAGGUAUUUAAAGCAAGAUUUUUACUGUUUUUUUUUUUUUUUUUUUUUAAUCCAUUAUGAGCAGGGGUGUCCAAAUGGUUCUGAAUGAGGGGUGCCAGUUUCGGUGUGAUUUUGUCUAUGAAACAUGCGAAAACCAAGAUAUGCUAAGGUUCUCAAAACGUGCUCCGCGGUUUUCAUUAUUUAAUUUGUUCCAAAAGAUCCGACAACAACGGAAACAUGUGAAAUUCCCAUUGGAAAUAAUGCAUUGAACAAAAAUUAUGAACAAAAAAACACAUUUAUUGAGAAUAAUUCUAGUUUAAAUUCAGAAAAUGAGAAGUAAUUACAACCUGUACAUCCUGGAGAGAUCCAAUUCAAUUGAGCCGGCACUUUUGGCCCCGUGGCGGGUUAUUUUACAAAAAAAAAUGCACUGACAGUGAGUCAGCAACACGUAGGGCAGGGGGUCUCAAACUCAUGACUGAAAAAAAAAACAAAAAAGUGCCGCAAAGCAUGCUGGGGAGCCAGAAAUGACUUCAGCAUGCCGUGCGACACUUCUUUUGUAGAACGUUGCUAAAGUUGCGUGUAAUCUACCCGUUACCUCUUUUAGGACACCGUUUGUUGACGAGUUAGUGAAACGCGAUUCCAGCUCAGCCUCAGCCAGACUCGCCUCCCGCGGCCCCCGGCUGAAUUGCGUUUUAGACCCCCCCCCUCUGCUCUGGCACUGGAUUUUGCGGAACGACACAGAACAGGGCAGACGGACGAGUAAUGUACGAAAACAGAGGUUUUGAGUUUACCGCGUCAGAAUUGUUUCUGCAAGUAACACCGCUUUGCUCCUCCCACCAUUAUUGAACACACAUUGCAUGGAUUUAUAUUUAAUGGAAUCGGAUUGUUGGCAGCCUAACCCUAUAUAAUGCAGCGGGGCAACAAAAAAUGACAUCAGUGGCCCUCGAGCCUCACUUUGGACACCCCUGAUUAUGCUGGGGAAAAGAACUAACCGUGACUUUAAGGCACUUCCCUCCUGUGCUGAUCUGCAUGAUGUUUAUUUCUAAAUGAUUUAGUCAUUAAUGUGGAAAAAAAAAAAAAACAAGGACACAAACAGGGAUUGAUAUAUAUAUUUUUUAAUUCAUAGUGUUGCCUUUCUGAAAUAUUUUAAUUGCACAUUUUUUAUUUCUCAGAUGCCUGUCUCGUUUUAUUUUUUUGGGCCUUUUCUGUUGAAAUGUUAAUAGCUUUGGUUUUUAAGUUGUUUUUUUUUUACAAAAACAUGCAGUCUGUUUGUUUAACCUGCGCGUUAUGUAUGCUGUGUCUGUUAUGUGUGAGAGGCACCAUUUGGUCAGUAUUUUAUUGGAUCUUGCAAGGGGAAAUAGAGUAUACUCGUCAUCUUCAUGCGCUUAACUGCAUGUGAUACUGCAUGGAGAUACACUGCAUUCGACAUUAUCGUCGCCACAGCACAUGCACACAAUGUUUACUCUCGCGCUCACUGAGCAGACGUCGCGUGUCAUAUCCUGCACAGAAAUACUUGAACGAAUCAGCACAGUUUAUGAGAACAACCCGGGCAGUUUGCAAAUACCAACCGAACCCCUCUUUCCGGCAUCGCGCGCAUUUUUAAAUGGUUACGAGUCGACGUCUGCGGCCCCUCAGCUGGUUGGACAGGACUGAUGUGUUAUGUAGAGGAGACAUGGAGCGGUUAUGUGACAUUCUGUGAAUGUGUGGGAGAAUAACAGCAAAUAUGGAUUGACCAUGACACUUUUCUUUGUUCCUUAUUAAUAAAUGCCAAAUUAACUGA